AUGCCACAUUCCCAUCAUCCCCCUCCCCAUCAUCAGCCCCAUCUGAUCACCGACCCAUCAUCCCAACCCAAUGCCCAUCCAAUCAUCCUAACAGUCGCGGCAUCCCAGCACGAGGUCGUAGCUGUAGUUAGUGGUGGCUACAGCGCUCUCUGCCGUCUCACUCUGCCAGAGGCGAGUGGAAGUGACGCCGCGGCUGUGCCCUGUCACAGUGAGGUGGACUCGCUGUCGGUGGUGUCCGGCACGACGUCGCUGAGCUACGGCGGCACGCGCCAUCAGCUGAGUGGAGUGCUCGUCCACCCGGGAUAUGACCCAGUGAACUUCUGGCGCCACGACAUCGCUCUGCUCAAGGUGGUGGAGCCUUUCCGACUGGACGGCUCGAAGGUGGGGCCGGCGCGGCUGCCGCGGCAGGACCAGAUCGUGCCUGUGGACGCCGUCGCCACCGUGGUCGGCUGGGGGCUCGUGGAGGAGGGCGGAACAACGCCGUCUGAGCGCCUCCAGAAAGCCGAGCUGCGCGUAACCAGCCAGAGGGACUGCAAGGCAGCCUACGACAAAAUAGACGGCGUAAUCCAUGACACCAACCUGUGCGCCGGAGUCGCGGAUGGCAGCGCCGGACCCUGCAAAAUGGGAUAUGACUCGUGUCGUGUAAAUGCUACUUGUGCGGCGCAAGUAACGAUGAGACGAAUCAGAGUUAAGCUAGAGCCAGAGUGGUCGCCUGCACAGGGUGACUCCGGCGGGCCGCUGUUCGUGGGCGGCAAGCUGGUGGGGCUGACGUCGUGGGGCGCCGGCUGCAAGAGCAGGUUCCCGGCCGUCUUCACGCGCGUCGCCUGCUACGUGGACUGGAUACAGCAGCACAUACAGUGA